AUGGCCACCCCUAGUGUUCUCACCUUUGACGCUGAGGGUCGAGCAGUUGACUUUGAGGUCUGGGUAGAUGAUCUGCAGCUUUUCCUACAGUGCGAUAGGGCAGACGGUCUCUCCUUGUUUGACCUCACUUCUGGUGCCUCUCCUCCCCCUGCUGCGAAUGCUGACGCCACUGUUCGCUCACAGAGGGCCACACGCAAUGCUGUUGCUAGCCUUGCUGUGCCCCGCUACUUACCGACCACUGAGCGUGCAUACUUUAGCCAGUACAAGAGUGCUCAAACCUUGUACGACGCUGUAGUUGCACGCUGCUCUUCCCCUCCCACUGCUGCACUGAGCCGCCUCAUGCUACCAUACCUCUUCCCUGACCUUGCUGCCUUUCCCACAGUCGCUGACCUCAUUACGCACCUCCGCACUAGUGACACUCGCUACCGCGCUGCGCUUCCUGCUGAGUUUUGCCCCAAGAACCCCCCCCCCCCCCCCCCCAUGUACAUCACCCUCUACUACAUAGUCACCCGACUCCCUGACUCUCUCCGCGUAGUCAAGGACCACUUCCUCUCUGUUUGCCCCACCACUCUCACCGUUGACCUCCUCGAGAAGGCCCUCCUAGCAGACGAGAAGAGCAUAGUCGUUGUAGGAGCCUCUCGUGGUGACCCUCGCACCCCGUCUUUGAGGGGUGUUCCCCCUCCCCCCUCUUGCCCUCUGUUGCCUCUGCUGCUGCGGCCGACCUCGUUGGUUUUGAGUCGGUCGGCGCUGCGUCUGCCCCGAGCGGGAGACGCCGCACCGGCAAAGGCAAGGGGGGCAAGGGCGUUGGAGGGGCUGGCAGGGGCGAUGGAGGUGGUGGUGGAGGCAGUGGAGGGGGUGGGGGUGGUGGUGGGAGUGGUUGCGGGGAAGGAGGUGUCGGUGGCAGCAGUGGAGGCGGAGGAGGCGGCGGCGGUGGCGGAGGGAGCGGAGGCGGCGGUGGUGGUGGAGGCGACGGAGGCGACGGAGGUGGCGGAGGCGGCGGAGGCGGCAGUGGAUCUGGUCGCGGCUCUGCGGAGAGGAGUGGCUCCGGUGGUGGUACGCGCCAGCAGCAGCAGAGUAGUCGUGAGACCCUGUCCCCUCAGCAGCUUCGUGAGUGGUACGCUGCGCGUCAGCGCGGUGGGGGUACGGGUCCCUGCACCUACGGCGGGGGUUGCUAUCUUUGAUCUUGAUUUUGAUGCUAUUCUUGCUGCCAUGUAUGCUGUUGAUAAUAGUGUUGCGGGUGACUGUUACCUGUGUGUACCGCCUGACCCGGGCAUUGAGGCCGCUGCUCUAGGUGCUGGUGAGGCUGCUGCUCUAGGUGCUAGUGCUUCUGCUGCCCAAGGUACUAGUGCGUCUGCUACCCCAGGUGCUGGUGAGUCUGCUCUCUCAGGAUGCGGGGAUUACCAGUUCACUCCUGCGAGUCAGCGGGUGACCCACUGCACGUUUUCUCGGACAGGCCGACACUUGGCUACGUUUACCCGUCGACCAGGGUCGAGCCUGUACACCCUUACUACUGAGUCUCCUCCGGCUGCUGAGUUUGCCCAGGUAGCGACGUCGAGUCAGGUGUUUGCUGCAGCGUCCAGGUCUGGUCCUGAGUCUGCUCCCUGCUCGUGUCGUCUACUGUCCAACCAGACUCUUCUUUGGCACAACCGCCUUGGUCACCCCUCCCUGCAUCGUCUCCGAGGCAUGGCCUCCCGUGUCCUUGUCUCUGGUCUCCCUCGGUCUCUCCCUCCCCUACCUGCGGGGCCUGGCCCUACCUGCGUCCUUUGCGUCGAGAGGCGACAGCGCGCCGCCCCUCACUCCUCCGAGUUUCCUCCGACAGAGGCUCCGCUGCAGACUCUCCACAUCGAUGUGUGGGACCCAGCCCGCGUCAGUGGGCAGGGGCACGAGCGGUACAUCCUGCUGGUCGUUGACGACUAUUCGCGUUACACCACAGUCUUCCCCUUGCGCAGCAAGGGUGACGUCACUGAGCAAAAUGGGAUUGCUGAGCGCCGCAUUGGCAUGGUCAUGGACGUCGCUCGUACGUCCAUAAUGCAUGCGGCUGCCCCCCAUUUUCUGUGGCCGUUUGCGGUUCAGUACCCGGCGCAUCAGAUCAACCUUCAGCCCCGGGUCUCCUUGUCAAAGACCUCCCCCGCCUUGCGGUGGACUGGGAAGGUUGGCGAUGCGUCUGCGUUUCGGGUCUGGGGAUCUUGGGCUUUUGUCCGCGACUUGUCUGCGGACAAGCUGUCCCCCCGUGCUGUUCCCUGCGUCUUCCUUGGCUUCCCCCCUGACGCGCCUAGGUGGCAGUUUUACCACCCCACCUCGCGCCGUGUUCUGUCCUCCCAGGACGUCACCUUUGACGAGUCGGUGCCUUACUACCGUCUCUUCCCCUACCGCACUGCGCCCCUCCCCCCGCCGCCACUCUUCCUCGCACCAGGUCCUCCCUCGGUAGACCCCCUCCCCCCUCAGGGUCCUGCCCCGUCACGUGUGUCCUGGGUAGACGCAAUCGAGCCUGUUAAGGUAGCUGUAGACUCUGGUGCUGCUAGAGGUGCUGAGCCUGCGGGUGCCGGGUCUGGAGGUGCUGAGUCUGGGGGUGCUGAGACCGGGGGUGCUGAGUCUGGGGGUGCUGAGCCUGGGGGUGCUGGGUCUGGGGGUGCGGAGCCUGGGGGCGUUGGGUCUGCUCGUGUGGCCGCCGGCGGUGCCUCGUCGAGGCAGGAGCCACUCUCUCCACAGGAGCUGCGCGAGUGGUUUGCCCGCCGCUGGAGACGUGCUACUGGAGCUGGAGGUACUACUGCUACUGCUGGUCCCGAAGUGCGUCUGGGGGUGCGGCUGAGGCUGGUGGAGAUGACAGUCCUACUGGAGCUGGUGCUGCUGGAGCUGGAGCUGUUGGAGCUGGAGCUGCUGGAGGUGUUGGCGCCGGCGGUGCUGCUCGCGCUGGUGCUUCUAUGGGUGCUGGAGUUGGCGCUGUUGGAGCUGGAUGUGCUGCUAGCGCUGGUGCUGCCGUUGGGGGUACUGAGUCCUCUCUUCCUACUCUAG